AUGUCGACAUUUGAAGAAGUCGUCGUCAUCGACGGCAAGGGCCAUCUCCUCGGUCGUCUUGCUUCCAUUGUCGCCAAGCAGCUCUUGAACGGCCAGAAGAUCGUUGUCGUCAGGUGUGAGGAUUUGAAUAUCUCUGGGGAGUUCUUCAGGGCGAAGCUCAAGUACCAUGCCUACCUCCGCAAGGCCACCCGUUUCAACAAGACUCACGGUCCUUUCCAUUUCCGUGCUCCCUCCCGCAUCUUCUACAAGGCCGUCCGUGGUAUGAUGCCACACAAGACCGCCCGCGGUACCGCCGCCAUGGAACGUCUCAAGGUCUUCGAAGGUGUUCCCCCACCAUACGACAAGAAGAAGAGAAUGGUUGUUCCCCAGGCUCUUAGGGUUUUGAGAUUGAGGCCCGGAAGGAAGUACUGCUCCGUCGGAAGACUGAGCAAGGAAGUUGGAUGGAAAUAUGCUGAUGUUGUUAGCAAGUUGGAGGAACGCCGAAAAGUCAAGGGAGCUGCUUACUACGCCCGCAAGAAGGCACAGAUCAAGACUCUUUCGCAAGCACAGAAGGCUACCACAACGGCCGCGGACGAGAAGCUGGCUUCGUAUGGAUAUUAG